AUGACGGGAAUACGGGAAUCUGGUGUGGUACAAAAUGAUCAGGGCCAGUGGUAUACCUGGGUAACCAACCAACCAACCAACCACGAAAAGAAGGAUGUGGUUCCCGGCAGCAGUGCACUUGGUACGCUAGAGAAUGAGCACCACCCACCCCUGAUCCUAGCAUUCAGCGCGGGUAGUUGA